AGUUAUGAGUCAUGAAUUUCAUUUGGGCUAUUUUAAUGAAGUGUAAUAAAAAGAAGCAUGCUGACUCCAUCAUUCGAAGCAAGACAAGAUAAGGAGAGCAUUAUACUCACUAUUAGAGUACCCUAUGUGAAGAUAUCUGAAGCUGAAAUAGACAUUGAUGGGACAAACUUCAAGUUCUAUUGCCGUCCCUAUUAUUUGUGGUUAGAGUUUUCAGGAGAAUUGGUAGAAGAUGGUAAAGAGAAAGCACAGUAUGAAGUUAGCACAGGUAAUAUUAUAGUUACUGUCUCAAAAAAGGUGAAAGGUGAAGAGUUUAAAAACUUGGACAUGUUGACCACGCUACUUGGAGGAAAGAAAGAAGUUGAUUUGCGAUCAGUUGCGGCUAAACCUUUGAUUGAAGUGAUCAGUGACAAUGAAUCAAUUUCUGCUGACUCCGCAUUUUACUCUCAAGUUUCUGCUGACUCUGCAUAUUACUCUCAAGAUAGUAUAGGGUCUGAGUGUGGAGCUGAUGAUGAUUUAUUUACCGUCAGUAAAGAGAAAUGCACGCUGAAGUCAGCUGAGGAUGACAGCGAUGGCAAAGAUAAGAAUGAUGAAGAUGUCACUGCUCUAUUAGCUGGUCAAUACAGGUAUGGUUUUGCUGAUCAGCACACUGGAGUACUGGCUAAACUUCAAGAUGAGAUUCCAUCAAUCAUUGAUUGUCCUGAUCCUGAUAAUAUGAAUAACGAGGAGAGACGAUUUGCCAGAUUAUCUCAGGAGCAGUUAAACUUUGAGCCAGAGCAUUACUUAGCUGACUUGAUGGAUGGUGACAAUAUAACAAAUCUACUGAAAUAUGCUUUCAAACCUGAUACUUCUUUUACUGAUGAAGAGAAAACAACACUGAAGGAUCUACCAAAUAAAGAAUAUAUAAUUGACUCAAAACAGGAGAGAGUAUUACUGCUUGGACUGGUUGAUAUUAUAUUUGCAUAUGCUUAUGAUAACAGAAUCAAUGAAGGAGACAAUAAUUCUGAGUCAGCAUGGUGUAUACGCAAACUCAGUCCAACUUUGAGCUGGUUUGAGAAGUUCACUGACGAUGUUCAAGAAGUGGUAUAUUGCUUAUACAGAAGGUCACUCUGUUAUCCAUUGUAUCGUAACUAUGAUUUAUCAGUGUUGGUAUUGAGAGAUACUGUUGACAUAUUUAAAAAUGGUAAAGUUUAUCUCCUCAAAUGUCUACUGUCAGUGAAAAAGCUCCUUGAUUCAUAUGAGCCUUACUAUAUACUCAACAAUCUGUAUGUAACUGAUUACUGUGUGUGGGUUACUAUAGAGAAAUCCAGUCUUGACUUGGAGCUCUGUGAGCUUGAAGAAGCAGCUUAUCUUGUACUACAAGAGGAAGAGGAGGAGGGAGAGACUAGCAGCAGUAGUGAUAGUAGUGAUGGAGAGACAGGGAGUCAAACUGAGAGUUCUUCUGAGUCAUCGGAGGAUAAAAUAUCACAGACAAGCCCUAGCAAGGAGGAGGAGGAGCCACUAGCUGUUACUGUGGACAUGGAAAGACUUUCUAUUAGUAAAGAAAUGGGAGAGGAAAGGUCUUAAUUAAGGAACAUUGUGCAUUAAGAUAGAGUGUUGUGUAGUAUCAUUAAAUUCGAAUCUAUUAUAGGCAUUAAAA